UUUAAGAAUCAUAUCAGCGGGGAAGGGGAACUGUGGCAGACCGGAGCGGAGCUCUGACCAUCUUCAUAAAAAAUAAUAGAGGCAAUGAAACUCUCCUUCUCAAUCCCAAAAUCAGCCCCCAAACCCACACCUAAGCCUAAAACCUCAUCUGAAAUCGAUAGCGUUAACGUGACCCAAAACAAUGGCACCGUAAAAGAAUACGUCACAGAAUUUGAUCCCUCAAAAACCCUAGCCAAUUCCAAUCGGAAUCUCAUUAUCCCCCCAAAAGAGAACGAAUGGAGACCCCACAAGCGAAUGAAGAACCUCAACCUCCUUCCCACUCUCCAGUCCGACUCUGAAGGCCUUCGCUUCGAGGUCGCCACCGAUGGCCACGGCGACGACGAUAAGAGUAUGUCCUACGGCCUCAAUAUCCGACAGCAAAGCAGUUUCGACGCUGGUGUCGAAGGAACCAAAGCUCAUCAGACAGCAGAAACUACUGAGAAUUUGUUGCUGGAGAAGUUGAAGUACGAUCUCCAGCGGUUGCCGGAGGAUCGAGGAUUUGAGGAGUUCAAGGAUGUGCCUGUGGAAGGUUUUGGUGCGGCUUUGCUGGCUGGCUAUGGUUGGCAUGAAGGCAGAGGUAUCGGAAGAAAUGCUAAGGAAGAUGUCAAAGUCAAGCAAUACCACAAGAGAACUGAUAAAGAAGGAUUAGGCUUUGUUCCUCCUGCUUCCAAUACUACUAGUGCUAGUAUUAACGAUAGAGAUAGACAAAAGGAGAGGAAAAUAGAGAGAGUCAGAGAUGAUCAUGGUGAUGGUUUCUUCGUUGGUAAAGAUGUCAGAGUUAUUGCUGGUGGAAGAGGUAUUUUGGGGUUAAAGGGUAGAAUUUCAAAGAGGUUAGAUGAUGGUCGGGUUGUUUUUAAGCUUUCAGGAAGCGAUGAGGAGCUUAAACUGCAUAUUUCUGAUAUUGCUGAUUUGGGCUCUAAAGAAGAAGAGAAGUGCUUGAGGAAGUUGAAAGCUUUACAGAUAGAAAGCAAGCAAUCGAAGUAUAGGGAUAAUCAAAAGCGCAUUACUGAAUCAAGUAAAGAAAACAGAGAGACUGUGAGGAGAGACGGUGGUCAAGAGAAAGAUGAUGGAAAGCGAUGGCUUAGAAAUCACAUUCGAGUCAGAAUUAUAAGCAAGGACCUGAAAGGAGGCAGAUUUUAUUUGAAGAAGGGGGAGGUGGUAGAUGUGGUUGGUCCAUAUGCAUGUGAUAUAUCCAUGGAUGAGACUAAGGAGUUGGUACAAGGGGUAGAUCAGGAUCUUCUUGAGACUGCAUUACCACGUCGUGGGGGUCCUGUCCUUGUUCUGUAUGGGAAGCAUGAGGGGGUGUAUGGUAAUUUGGUUCAGAGGGAUUUGGACCAAGAGACUGGGGUUGUGCAAGAUGCUGAUACUCAUGAAUUACUCAAUGUCAAACUUGAACAAAUUGCAGAGUACAUUGGAGAUCCCAGUUACAUUGGCUAUUGAUGUUCCUGGUGCUUUUCAGUUCAUGCUGUCAAUAGAUAUAUUUGACGUUCACCUGACCCUGGACCUGAAUUCAUAGAAAAACCAGAAAGCUUACUUGGUGAACAUUGGGUAUGACCAUCCAAAAUCAACAAUAGCCCACAAAUCUCAAAGUGCCCACAAGUUUCAAAGUAAUGUCUAACAGUCAACUAGAUGAGAUGAUUUCUAUGUUAAAGAAAUAACUGUUCCUGAUGUUCUGCUGACCUAAAAUCGAGCUUAGCUCCUUUAUGAGCGUUGUUGGCUCAUUAUUUCUAACUGAAAAUGAAAUUAUGUGCGCUAUAGUCUGCUUUUGUAUUGUAUACAGAGCUACAGAUACAGAUUUGUUCUUAAUGCUGGUGAUCUUCGCUACUGUUUGUGAUAUUUUCGAGCUGGCACCAAUGAUCUUCCUUGUAUCGUGGUCAACAGGAAAACCCGUCACAUUACUGAAUGUGGUUACAAGGCCGCUGCCUUCAUCCUAUGCUGAGCUUGAAGUAUUUGUUUUCUUCCAAAGUUUCUAACCUCAACUACCUGGUAGGUCUUCUUCUGUCCGUGUGAAAGGCACAACUUUAGCAAUUAGGAGGUCUCUGUGUGAAGCCUGGGAUGAGCCGGCUGAUUGUCGUCUUGCACUGUUCAUGUUAACUACAAAACUUGAUAUAGAAGCUGGUCUUUUAGUGUUUUAUAUUGGAUGCCAUGAAUCUUGUAGAUUUUUAAAUUAACGUGCUAUAAAUUUGUUUGAGAAUAUGAUUCAAAACAA